GAUCACAAUGUUUCAAUGUUCAACUUCAUUUCUCAUUUUGAAGUCAGUCAGUGAGGUGUGAAGUGGGCCGAAAAAUGAUAACUUCUAAGAUUCAGCUGCCUUGGUCUGCUACCAAAGUGCCAGCUAGUCAAUUGAUUUUGACUAUAUUUUUGUGCCUAAUUGUGUUCUAUGGCCUGACUAAGCUCGUAGCCAUUCCUCUGCGCAUCGAUGACUUUGAUAGCUUCAGAUUGAGGCCCAUUCAGGAGGAUGUCCAAUUAGCAGCCCACUGAGGAGAUUCCACUGCAUUCGCGUGGAGAGUAUACAAACAAGAACGAUUUGCGAUUCUAGACAAAUAUUAGAACAAAAAAUGUUCUAAUAUUAGACUCAAAGCCAACCAAAAACCUAUUUACAUGCACUGCACAGCUUCCAAUUGAAAAAUUAGUGACUGAACAAAAAAAAAAAAAAGAAAAUUAUAUAAUCACAUGUCGGUUGAAGUAACACGAAUGGGAACGUGACUAUAGUUCAUCCUGUGUCUAGCAUUCUAUUUCGCUGUUUUAUUUGCUAUCUAUGGUGAUUAGCUUUAUUUAAACAAUUAUAUGUUAUCAUUGAAAAUUUGGACUUAAUGAGUUACUCAGAUAACGUAAUAGAUAGUAAAACCUCAUAGCAAAGCCUUUAUGUGGAGCAAAAGUAUAAAAAUAAACCUUGAAUAACGUAGAUAACAAAAAUGGGUAUUCUCAACGUGUCUCAAAGUCAGGGUGUCUUAGGUCAUAGAAUAAGAUUUACAAUCUAACAAAAAAUAAUUUAGAUAUGAAUUAUUUUCUUAGGCAAGAAUCUUGUUUAACAGUCAAGAAAUGAUAAUAAAAAUGUAAUUGAUUAUAAAAAUAUAAAAUAUAUGACGAUGA